CCCGUGGCAUAGAGCCCCAAGGGCAGCAGCGCCCAGUGGGAGGAGGAGGAGCAGCGCCGGCGGCGUUUCCGGGCCUUUGGCUACCAGGAGGCCGAGGGCCCCCGCCAGGCUUGCAGCCGCCUCCACCGCCUUUGCCGCCAGUGGCUGGAGCCGGAAUGGCGGCCCAAGAAGCAGGUCUUGGACCUGGUGGUGCUGGAGCAGUUCCUGGCCGUCCUGCCCCCGGAGAUGGAGAGCUGGGUGCGGGAGUGCGGGCCGGAGAGCAGCGCCCAGGCCGUGGCCCUGGCGGAAGGCUUCCUCCUGAGCCAGGCGGAGGAGUGGCGGCAGGCUCAGGAGAUGUCAGCCCAAGAAGCCAUGGAUGUUGCUGGACCAGCGAAGGCUCCAUCGGGGACCGGACAGAGGACGCUGUUCAGGGGGACCCUGCAGGAGGAGGACGGAGCUACCGCCUCUCUGGGAAAUGAGACGUUGAUCAGAGAUGGUGGGAGGACACGGGAGGCAGCUUUUCUGCCGCCGCCUCUUUUUGUUGAAGUGGAAAGAGCAUCUGGGCAGCCGGAACAGGCUCCGGUGACCUUUGAGGAGGUGGCUGUGCGUUUCACGGAGGCAGAGGGGGCUUUGCUGGAUCCAGGCCAGAGGGCUCUGCACAGGGCCGUCAUGGAGGAGAAUUACGGGACUCUGGCCUCCCUGGGGCUUUUGGUUCCCACAUCUGAUCUCAUCUCCUGGAGGGAAAAAGCGGAUGAUCCGUUUAUCUGGAGCUCCAGGGAACGGGAGAGACCGGCAGCUGAAUGUGGAAAGAGCUUCAGCCACAGCUCCCACCUUACAGAAAACCGAAGAACUCACACAGGGGAGAAGCCAAAUAAAUGCUCACUGUGUGGAAAGAGCUUCAGUCAGAGCUCCGAUCUUAAACGACAUCAAAGAAUGCACACUGGGGAGAAGCCCUUUAAAUGCUCGGAGUGUGGGAAGUGUUUCAGUCAGAGCUCCCACCUUAAACAACAUCACAGACUGCACUCAGGGGAGAAACCAUAUAAAUGCUUGGUGUGUGGAAAGAGCUUUAGUUGGAGCUCUGACCUUAAACGACAUCAAAGAAUGCACACUGGGGAGAAGCCCUUUAAAUGCUCGGAGUGUGGGAAGUGUUUCAGUCAGAGCUCCCAGCUUAAACUGCAUCAAAGAACUCAUACAGGGGAGAAGCCCUAUCAAUGCUCAGAGUGUGGAAAGUGUUUCAUUCUAAGCACGACACUCAAAAAGCACAAAAUCCUUCACACAGGGGAGAAGCAAUAUAAAUAUUCAGAGUGCAGAAAGGGGGACAGUCAGAGCUCCCAGAUAAACGUGUACCUGAGAAUUCACACAAGGGAGAACACUUAGAAAUGCUCACUGUGGAAAAAGCUUCCCUCAACGCAAACACAUGGAAUUGCAUGAAAGGACACCCAGAAGGUGGGAAAUCUUGCAAAUCCUGCAACUUCUGGAACGUGGAAGAUCCUCAAAUGGAGGGCAGCCCUUCAGUUCUGAAGAAUCAACUCCAGGAGAUACCAUGUAAAUAAUCCGAAGGCACGUGACCAGUCAAAUCUUAAUAACCAACAGAGGAGUCGCACAAAGGGCCAAGUGUAUCAAUGCUAUUGGUGUGGCCAGGUGUGCACAGCCCUCCUGAGUAGUCUUAUGAUGAAGCUCCCACCUGCUCGCCCGUCAGCACUGCCUCCCAGUGACUGUGUGACUCCAUGGAUAGAUCCAUGGGUAAACGGCUUGAUCAAGCCGAUGGGACUUCCUCCAUAUUGAGGCCUAUUAUUAAUGUUAUUAAUGUUUUUACUGCUCUUGUUCUUAUUAUUGCAAGGUUUUAUUGUUUUACUCUGUAGUCCACCAUCUAAUGACUUUUUAGCAGAUAAGAUGGUAUACAGACCGUUCAUAAUCACUAAAAUAGU